AGGAACAAGAAAUGAUGUCACGAACGUACAAAAUCUCGCACCAACAAACUCCAGUCACAUUUGGAUGAAGCACGAGCAUCUAUGACCGAAGCAUCCUUGCAAGUGCAGACAACUCAAAAUGCUCUCACCACUACACAGCAUGAGAUGAGACACUUGCAAGCACGCAAUGAGGUGCUCACCAGGCACAAUUGUGCUCUUGCUAUGCGGGCAUCUCAAGCCCCUCUGCAAAAAGCACAUGCCAUAGACAAAGCCCUUGCACACACUGCCAUACAAUCAAAGCAGAGGGAUACCUUCUCACUGAAGGAAAAGAACGUGAUUAUGGACGAGGUCCGUGACAUGAUUUGCGAGCUGGUGGCAAAACACGACGUACCUGUAUCAAGUGUUCAAGACAUCAUUUGCACUGUUGCAAGCUGUCUCAGAAAGACUGUUGAUGGCAGCAUCAGCAUACGCAGUAUUCGUCAUGUAGUCCAGGAGGCAGAGGUUGCAGCCGAGGUUCAAGUGGUGGAUGAAAUUAUGCAAGUUGAUGGUGUCACUUUAAGUGGUGAUGGAAUGUCUCACAAGAAUAUUAACUACCAGUCCCAUCAUAUCAUGUACACUUCUCGUCAUGGUGCCGGUAUCACAUGCUUCGCUGGAAUUCAGCACGAGGUUAAUCACAUGAGCGAGACCCAGCUGCAAGGGUGGAAGGACAUGAUACACAAGAUGUGUACUGUAUACAAUGAGUGUAUGGUUGGGAAUGUGGCAGAGGUUGCAGACCCAAGGGAGCUGGUCACCAAGGUCAAGGGGAUGUUGACAGAUCAUGCCGAGGAUCAGAAGAAACUUGUCUGCCUUUUCAGAGAAUGGAAGGAAGCGUGUGAGAGAGAAGUUUGGGGUGAACAAGCACUGGCCACUUUACCCCCUGAUGAUGUUGUUGCCCUCUUAUGGCAGAUGACAGAUGGGGCAAUUGUCGCUGCGGGGGGAAUUGACAUCACAAAGACGACAAGAAGGGUCAGCAAGAUUCUCUUCGAUUUUUCCUUAAAGCACAACUUAGUUACUUCUCACCUUGGCCAGAUACAAGCAACACUCGCUACCACAGAGAUGGCCUGUUUCAGCAUGUGGGGACAGUGCAUCAGUCACCCGUACUUCCGUGCUGUCCGUAAUUUCUUGGAAAAUAUUCUUGAUCUUGGCCCCCUCCAUGAACAGCUCAUUGCCCACAUUAAAAAGCUCAUUGACAACGUUGAGCUCAUCUUUGGUACAGAUGCCACAUAUGAAACUGUGGCAUUUGAUGGACAACCAUUUGAACGGCCUGAAGCAUUUUAUAUCAUUCAGUGUAUUGCCCAAAACACUACAAAAUACCCUCACCUUCGUUCGCUUUUUGUUGCUUUUCUGGAGGGAGCACUUGAGACUCUUAUUCAUUUUUGUCGAGAGUUUGCUGCCAAUGGUGUAAUCGUGCACACAUCACCAGAGACUCGAAAGCUAGCUCGCAUGAACACGAUGAACGACACGAAUGAGGGUGCAUUAGGGACUCUUCGAGUUUCGAUGCGACGUGCACCUUGA